UUUGUAUACUCAAUCCUCACAUCUCUCUCUCUUUCUCCACUAUCUCUAAAUGACAGGUUCUACGCCGGAAAACCAAUCAAUCCCAUCGAUGGCACCGGCAACAAAACAUGUACCAGAGUUAGGUCCACCCGUGAAACCAAAGAGGAACAAGUAUGCAUUCGCGUGUGCAAUCUUAGCUUCCAUGACUUCCAUCCUCCUUGGUUAUGACAUAGGAGUGAUGAGUGGGGCACUGAUUUAUAUCAAGAGAGAUUUCGAUAUCACUGAUCUUCAAGUCGGUAUUCUCGCCGGGAUACUCAACAUUUUUUCACUUGUCGGUUCUUGCGCCGCCGGUAAAACCUCAGACUGGCUUGGUCGGCGUAACACAAUCGUGUUGGCCGGAGCUAUAUUCUUUGCCGGAGCAAUCCUCAUGGGUCUCUCCCCUAACUACGCUUUCCUCGUGUUCGGGAGGUUUGUCGCCGGAAUAGGAGUCGGUUAUGCUCUCAUGAUUGCACCUGUCUAUACCGCCGAAGUCGCUCCGGCAUCUUCUCGUGGCUUUCUCACCUCCUUCCCUGAGGUGUUCAUCAACGCGGGGAUAAUGCUUGGCUAUGUAUCGAACCUGGCCUUCUCCAAGUUUCCUCUGAAGCUUGGAUGGAGAUUCAUGCUCGGCAUCGGAGCUGUUCCUUCCGUUAUACUUGCGAUCGGCGUUCUAGCCAUGCCGGAAUCUCCAAGGUGGCUCGUUAUACAAGGCCGUCUCGGAGAAGCCAAACGUGUCCUCGACAAGGUCUCUGACUCCCCAUCCGAAGCCGCUCUUCGCCUCGAAGAUAUCAAAGAAGCCGCCGGAAUCCCCGCAGAUUGCCACGACGACGUCGUUCAGGUUUCAAGGAAGACCAGCCACGGCAGCGGAGUAUGGAAAGAGCUUCUAAUCCAUCCCACUCCAGCCGUCCGUCGCGUCAUGAUCGCCGCGAUGGGAAUCCAUUUCUUCCAGCAAGCCACCGGAAUCGACGCAGUGGUUCUCUUCUCACCACGAAUCUUCAAAACGGCCGGUCUCAAAACAGAUCACCAGCAGCUUCUAGCGACCGUAGCAGUAGGAAUCGUCAAAACAUCGUUCAUACUAGUUGCAACUUUCCUCAUAGACCGAGUCGGAAGACGUCCACUGCUUCUCACCAGCGUAGGAGGAAUGAUACUCUCUCUGGCUACGUUAGGAACGUCUCUAACGGUUAUAGACCAUACAGAGAAGAAAGUGAUGUGGGCUUUGGUGUUAAGCAUCGCCAUGGUGAUGACUUACGUGGCUACGUUCUCUAUAGGAGCUGGACCUAUCACAUGGGUUUACACCUCUGAGAUAUUCCCGUUGAGGCUGAGGUCACAAGGGUCGAGUAUGGCCGUGGUGGUGAAUAGAGUGACGAGUGGUGUGAUCUCCAUGACGUUUCUUUCCAUGUCUAAGGCGAUGACGACGGGAGGAGCGUUUUACUUGUUUGGAGGGAUUGCGACGGUGGCUUGGGUGUUUUUUUACAAUUUCUUGCCGGAGACGCAAGGGAGGAUGCUUGAGGAUAUGGAUGAGCUUUUUAGUGGAUUCAGGUGGAGAGACUCCAAGAGUAAGCCUAAGAAUGACAAGAACUCGAGUUCGAAUCCUCAGGUUGAGAUUGGACCCAAUAAACUGUGAGCAUGAUAAUGUAAUGAUCCAAAUAAUAAAAUAUUAUUAAACUAGUGAAAUCGUUUUGAAUUUACAGCAUGUAAUAAAUUAAACAUCUUUAAGAGAUAACUGGUGAAGAAAAAAAAACAGAAACAAGUGAUAGCUUUGUUCAAGCAAACAGAGUAGCUCCCACAAAUGUGAAAGCUUGACCACUAUGGAAUGAGACACAAUAACAGUUUG